AUGGAGUACAACGAUACGGAUUUACUACCAACUACAUACAACAUACAUGGUUUCAACAAAGCCAUAACAAAACCGAAAGGGGAGGUAAUUAUCAAUAUGCCGCUAGGAGAAAUAGAGGUGAAGGUAACACUAUGCGUAGUGGACGUGGAAUCACCGUAUAAUAUGAUAUUUGGAAGACCAUGGCUACACGGUAUAAAAGGAGUGGCAUCCUCCUUGCACCGAUGUUUACGUUUCCCAAUGCCGAGCGGAAUAGGAGAGAUUGUAGGAGAUUCAGAAAGAUCCAGUACCUACUAUCAGCUAGAUGUGAAGAAUUAUGAAGGCAUAGCUAAGAAGAGAAAAGAUAAAUGGAGAAAGGCGAAGCAGUCAAGAAAGGAGGAAGAAUUUAGGGUGUACAUGAUACGAGCGAAAGAAGGAAGAGGCAUACCGACCAAAAUCCCAGACGAGGAAGGCGCACCAGCAAGAGAAAUAAAAGAACCAUCCUCGUUAAACGAACCUAAAGCAAACUUUGUUGCAGCGGAUCCAACCAAGGAAGUAAACAUAGGAACUGAAGAGGAGCCCAGAAUGGUAAGGAUAGGGACAUGA